CACAACUUCAGCGGUUGACUGUGGUUUUUAUCUCGGGCUAAUAUCGCUAGCUAAAAUAAGCUGAAAGAGCUGUAAUCUUACUCAGGUUGUGGUACAAAGAUUGUUAGCCUUUCAUGAGAGAAACUAAGCGAUUUCUGCGGUAUGUGCUGUCGUCAGCUAAGUAAUUAAGAUAAUCAGCUAAGCAGGUUAGCUAGCGGUGGCGCUAGUUUUAGCUUGUAGCCAAUGAUAAAGCGUUUGGGGCUGGCUUGUUAACUAGCUAACCCGUUAACGCCCGACCUUCUUGGUAGUUUAAUAGUGUAUAGUUAGUCGCAAUUGCUGAUCAUUUUGAUAGGCCAAAAUGACUAAUGGCAUCACGUCAUUAUUCAGCAUAAUUAGCUAGCCAGGCAAUGUUAGUUUUGCUAACUCAGGUGAUAGGCCGUCGACUGACAGGAAACAAGCUACGUUAACAAAUCAAUAACAGCAACCAGCCGGGUCCACCAGUCUGGUCAUAACAAAUACAAAAAGGAAACUCGUCGUGAUCGAUUUAGUGCCAUCAUAUGUUGACUGAAAACAGGAAACGGCAGCGCAGUGGUGGUGAUGAGGAGAAUGGCCACCUGGUGCCCCAAGCCAAAAGGCAGAGCAGAGCUCAUCCUCUCUCUCCUGAGCCAGGCCGGGAUGCCUGGGACUCUGAGUCAUCCAACAGUGAGAGCAGCAGCAGCAUCAGCAGUCCAGAACAUGCGGCUGGGAGCUGUAGCAGUCAGUGUGUUGUGGGCCCCUGCAGUCCCCUCAGCACAGGCGACUCCUUAGAACUAGCCGGCCCUACAAACCUGGUGUCCUACCUGCAGAUUAACCGCAUCCUGAAGGAGGCCCACUUCCAGAGCCUGCAGAGCCGAGGCCAGUUAAGAGACACAUGAUGAUGUAUUGUCCCUCUGUCAGCCACCAGAAGACCAAGUCUCUGAAGCAUGCCGGAGUGCCACAUGCUGAAUCACUUCCCCACCCAUCUCCAGUUACUGUGAUAUCUCACAGCUCUGCAUUUCUGUGGAUGGAGAUCAGCUCCUGGUCAGGUAUCUCGAGGGUGUUCAUCAUUCAAAUAAAUCAAAGUGAUAAUCAUUUUAGCAAUAAUAACCGUGUGAUCCACUCAAACAUUUUUUGUGAUCCACUUGAUUUCUGACCAGUCUGGUUUACAUGCUGCUCUAAGAGCCUUUAUAGUGACUGCUUGAUGAUGAUGAAUCCCUCUGUUUUGUCUUUAAGUGUUGUAUGAAAACAGUGCUACUGGAGCUGCACAAAUGGCACCAAACACAAUUUUAGGCCGGUCAGUGUGACCCGUUUAGUCUCCUAGUAGGGUACUUGGUUGUUUUAUGCUGAAUCUGAUGUCUGUGUAAGUACAUGGACCAGUCUCAGGGAGGAUUUGCACUUGUCUUGGACUGCUCAUUGUUUUCACAUUCAGACAGGGACUCCUUUACAGGGGGCUGUAGAAGCCAUGGGUGUGAACUUGGCCAAGGAAGUAGUUAUUUUCUGUCUUUAUUUUGUUAGUUAAUAGAGUAUUUAGAAAUCUUGUCAUUAGAUUUGAGUAAAGUGUAGUGGAGAUUCAGGCCAUGGAGUAAGUAAUUUGGUUUUAGCAGGGUUCAUAAUUAAAAAUGGCUCCAUAACACUGCCAGAUAGGGAGUUUUGAAUAUUUUUGCAGAUUUUACAUCAGAUACUGUGCUUAGUCAAGGUUAAAAAAUCUGUCCAAUUCAUCCCAUAUUCAGCUAUUAGUACAAAUGCAUAUUGAAUUGCAGAUCCAGUUCCAGGUGCUGAUUCAAAUUUUAUACACACAUUUGAUUGUUAAAAUUUAGUGCACCCUUGGCAGUGGUGUCCCCAGGUGUUAUUUUCUCACUAUCAAUUUUAUGUGUUAUUUUCUCCACAUCAUGUAAUAGAAAAAUGAUUUGAGCUCUUGUGAGCACAAAAUUUUCCAAUCUCGACAUAACCCAUCUGGUCUUCUCACGAUCAUUAAAUAAUAACACUAUAGAUUGUGACAUUGGAGUAAUCCUCUAUAGUUUGCAGCAUUGCCAAAUGUAGCUUGUGUUGAUAACUGUUGUUAUAAUAAACUAAUGCAACUACAACCAAAGGAAAAGUCCAUGUAAUGUCACUGUAAUACUUCCUUAUAGGGAGUCAUGGUGCACCUAUGCUAGUGAGCUAGUCAGCAAUUAGUUAACAAUAUGAUGACCUUGGACACAAAGCAAUAUUAGGUAGAUAUUGCAUAAUGUUUGUGGAUUACGAACAGAUUGAGGUAUACUCCACCCUGUAGAUUGAUUUAUGAUAAAAUCUAUUAUGAGAUAACUGUCGAGAUCAUGAGAGAAUAAUUUAGGACAUUUGAAUUAUUAUGAUAUUAGGUGAGAUAAAUUGAGCAGUUACUUUUGUUUGUCUCAUGAUCAUGGGAAAAAUGUAAUGCGAUCACAACAUUGCCAACUUCAAUUUUCUCAUGACCACAAAUAGCAAACAACAAAAGUAACACCCAUGAACUCUACAACCUUCCAAACUUUGUAGACUUUCUCAAUCUUUUUUUUUUUUUUUUUUUUUUUUGUGGCAUUUGAGCGUGUAGGGAAAUGUAGUUGUUUCCAGUAGGGGUUACAGUACAGCUUUUAGGAACAAAAAGACAUUCCCCUGGCUUUGUUUGCAGUAUUACUGGAGCCACUAAAAUGCUGUUUUAAUUGCAAACGAGCCUUUCUGCCUGUGCACUACCAUUCAGUGGUUGCUGUAUGAAUGCCCUUGUGCACUGAACAUCCAGGUACAAGCACUGACCGUAAGGCUGUGCGUCUCUCCUUUUCUUAAAGCGGGAUUGGUUUCGUUGCCGAGCCUUUAUCCCAGGAGUAAGCUCAGCUGUUUAUUUUUGUUAUUAUUUUUUCAGACUGGUGCGUCAGAGAUGAAAGCAUUUUGAAGAUGUGUGUUUUUUUUUUUUUUAUGAUAUAUUUUUUGUACUUCAUAAUGUACAUGACAUUAACCUGCCAUUGAUUUUUUUUUCUUGUAAAUAUCCCUUCAUUUCGAAAAUUAAAAUGAAUGUUUUUG